UCAAACAAAGAGGAUUUUUGCAUGUAGAAAUGUCACAUUGGCCAGAUAACUGUAGAAGGUACAGCAGAGUCCUGUAAAGACUUUCAACAUAGAGGGAAAGAGAGGAAGCAAGACAAACAGAGCCGAAGGAAAUCUACAGGAAAAGAAAGGCAGGAAAGUGAUACGAAGCUGUGAACGAAACACUGUGCCAAGAUGGAAGUCUACACUGUGACAAUAGCAACUGGUACAUCACAGUAUUCAGGCACCAACAACUACGUCUUUGUGACCCUGGUGGGGGAUAAAGGAGAGAGUGAGCGCACCCUGCUGGACAACCCUGGACUGGAUUUCCGUCGAGGAGCAGUGGAUCAGUACAAGGUGACCAGCACUUCACCUCUGGGGUCGGUGCUACUGGUCAGACUGGAAAAACAGAGGUACUGGGUGGAAGACAACUGGUUCUGUCGCUACGUCAAAGUGGAGUGUCCAGGCGGAGACAAAGUGCUGACUUUCCCUUGUUACCGAUGGCUUACAGGAGACGUCAAGGUGGACUUAAGAGAGGGAACAGCAAAGACGCAGACGGAUGACUGCUUACCCCAGCUGUUGGCGCACAGGAAGACCGAGCUGCAGGAGAGACAGACGGUUUACAGAUGGACAACAUGGGCUCCAGGGAUCCCCAGAUGUAUUGACGCCAAAACAGAAGCAGAUUUGCCCCAAGAUGCCCGCUUUGACAAUGAGAAAAGAAGCGACUUUGAACAUUCUUUACAAUAUGCCUUGCUGGAGUUGUCUCUGAAGAAGCUAGCCAUCAAGUUUGGCAAGUCCUGGGAUGACCUGGAUGAUUUCAAGCGGAUCUUUUGGAAGUUGCGAAGCCCCAUAGCUGAGUAUUGUAUGGAGCACUGGAAGGAGGACUGGUUCUUUGGCUACCAGUGUCUGAAUGGCUCCAACCCAAGAAUGAUCCAGAAGUGCAAGACGCUGCCAGAGAACUUUCCUGUCACCCCAGACAUGGUGCAGAGCUCCAUGGCUGCUGGAACCAACCUGGACAAAGAACUUAAGGCAGGGAAUAUCUACUUGCUAGACUAUGCCAUUAUGGAAGGGGUUCCUACCAACACAAUCAAGGGUGAACCUCAGUACGUUGCUGCUCCCCUCUGUCUCAUGUACCAACAUCCAGACGACGGACUCAUACCUAUUGCUAUACAGCUUGAGCAGACUCCAGGUCCGGACACGACUAUAUUCUUGCCCAAAGACCCACCUCUGGCUUGGCUGUUGGCUAAAAUGUGGGUGCGUCACGCUGAGUUCCAGGUGUUCCAGGUGCUGUCUCACCUGCUGAGGACCCACCUCGUGGUAGAGGUGUUUUGCGUGGCUACUCUGAGACAGCUGCCUGCUGUACACCCUAUUUAUAAACUCCUGGCCCCACAUCUACGCUACACUCUAGAGAUCAACACUAGAGGGCGCAGUCAGCUCAUCUCCGCUGAUGGCAUCUUCAAACAGGUUGUGUCUACAGGUGGUGAUGGCCUGCUGGUUCUGGCCCAGAGGGAGUACAAGGUGCUUACCUAUCGCUCCCUUCAGCCCCAUUUUGACUGCAGUGAGAGAGGAGUGUCCCAACUCCCAAACUAUUUCUACAGAGAGUACAGUCUGAUGCUGUGGGAGGCCAUACACAGUUUUGUCACUGCGAUGGUAGGCCUGUACUACCAGUUGGACUAUGAUGUGCAGGAGGACCUGGAGCUCCAAGCCUGGAUCAAAGACAUAUCACAGGAAGGCUUCGUAGAGUGUCCCAACUUUGGUCUGGCCAGUAAGCUGAGGAGCAGAGAGGAACUCUCCACCCUGCUGGCUGUGGCCAUCUUCACCAGCACCGUCCAGCAUGCUGCAACCAAUAAUGGACAGUUUGACUGGUGUGCCUGGGUUCCCAACACUCCCUGCACCAUGAGGCUGCCCCCACCAACAAACAAAGAUGAUGUUACCAUGGAGAUGAUCAUGGCCAGCCUUCCUGAUGUCAGUCAGUCCUGUGUGCAAAUGGCAAUCACAUGGCAUCUGGGACGAGCACAACCAGACGCAAUUCCUUUGGGCCAGUACACAGAGGAGCACUUCACUGAGGAGAAAGCCCUGGAGCUGAUUGAAAGGUUCAGAAUGGAACUGAAGGAGAUCGAGGGCUGUUUCCUGAGUCAGAAUGAAGGACUGCCGCUGCAGUACCUUUUCCUCCUGCCCAGCCGCAUAGAAAACAGCAUCACUAUAUAAAAAUACUAACAGACUGCUUCUUGCAGGACCACUCUGUGUGGUGCAGACUCAAAACUGUUUUAGGAAAAAUGAUCCACUUCUGAUCAGACUGAUUGUUUUUUAUUUUUAUACAAAACUUGUAGUUUUAAAGGUUUAUUCCAUGUAAACAGAACAAAUUGUGGAUUUAAAGGUUUAUUCAAGACAAAAUAAUACUAUAUGUCCAAGUGGUUCAAAUUUCAAACGUUGACUCCAUUCAAAUUGUACUCUCUAAGUACCAGGGUAUGGCUUAAAUGUUUAUUCCAAAAUACUUUCUUUCUGAAAUCUACCUUUGCAUUUGGUCAAACUAUUAUCAAGAAAAAAAUGAAAUUAUAGGUGAAGGAUAACUGUGUUGUGCAAAUGAAGACAUCAGAAUGUUUUUUAAUGCUAACCAAAUAAAACUUGAUUUACGUUAAAAACACUGUGACUCUUAUUAUUUUGGCCAGAAAUGAGGUUAUUGUGACUCAUCAAACUCGGUAGAUGAUGUGUGGUUAGACAAGUGUGUGUGCAUUGGAUCCAAUAUAUAAUUUACAGAUUUUAUUGUUAGUCAGGCAUAAGUUGUCUAGCACAAAUUAUGAAAUACAAAUGUGAUGUUUAUCAGCCAGAAAGGUUGAAUUUAUUCGGAUCAUAAACUGCACACAAUGUAGUUCUGCUAUAGUAAUGCUAGUUUGACUUAAUUAUUUAGCAACACCAACAUUUUUGUUAAGGGAGGUGAGGAUUGUUGAAGUAACAUGUAUGGAUAAUUCAGUCCUGACAGUCUAAAUACCUGAUGAAUCAGUAAUAAAAAGCUGUUUUCCUGU